AACAAACAUCUUGAAUGGCCCGAGGGUGAGCACAUUUUCAGCUAAUUUAAUUUUUUGGCGAACAAUUUCUUGCUGAUCCGAGUCACAUGAUGCAUAAAUCGAUGCAUGAUGCAUAAAUAAGGUGCUUUACUAAAGUAUCCUACAAUGUUUAUUCAAAAUCUUCUGGCCGGUUCGCUGUCGGCUUCCACAAUAAAGGGGUUUUUACCCACUUUUGAAUUAUUAGUAUGCAUGUUGUUUUUUUUCCCCCAGAUGUAUUGGUCUGGUCCCACAUAAUAUGUCUCAGUGCGUUUGGCGAAACAGGAAUGCUGGGAAUCUUAACAAAGUUAAGAUGCUUGGUGUCGACUGAAGCAAGACUCAACCAAUCAGACUCCCUUAAUAAAUCACAUUGCGAUGACCGUGAAUUGUUUGUGGGCACCUCUAUUAGCGUUUCGUUUUGAGUGUUAAGAGUAUGCGGUUCCUAAACGUUAUUGUAUUUAGAAAAAGCAUAAAACGAUCAAAUGCCGUCGCACUUUUAAAUGGCGGCGUAUUUCAAACAAGCGCUCGUAUUCGUUUUGCACGCCUGUGGCACAGCAUCCAUUGUGCGCUGCCGCUUUAAAAGCGCGCACACGCUUUUUCCGUGGCUUUGCGCGAGUGUUGAGUCAUUGUGUUUCGCAGAGAAGCUCUUCACGUGGAGUGACCGCGGGGAUCGGCGGCUUUAUCUUCCUCCUCUGCUUCAGACAGAUGAGGUCAAGUGUCAGCCCGAGAGAGUCCCACAGAAAUGAUGAUGAUGAUGAAGAAGGAACACAAGGACGCGGAGCUGGAUAAAAAGAUCGAGGCCUUACGGAAGAAAAACGAAGCGCUUAUGAAACGCUACCAGGAAGUGGAGGAGGAUAAAAAGCGGGCGGAGCAGGAAGGGAUGUCACUCCACAGCAGGAAGGGAAAGACUGAUGAUCUGACCAUCACCAUCAACAAAUCCUCCAACGAUCAGCGUGUGGUGACCAAGCGCUCGGGGCCCGGAGGACUGAGAGACGGAGAGCAGAAGGAUCCGGGGUCGAGUGUCUUCAGCGCCGGGAGAGGAAAGAGACGGCAGCUGCUCGUCACAACACCUGGAAACAUCAAGGGGAAGAGGGUGUUCGGCGAAAGAAAGGACAGAAACCGGCCCGUGAGUCCAGCGAGGCUGAAGUCCUGCGCUGAAGAAGAGCUGGAGCCCAACACCACACGAGGAAAACGACGUCCUCCGCCUGCGCAGGGAGUCACCGAGGACGACACGGGGAAGCCGGAUCACUGGAGAGGAUGUGAGGACUCGUAUGUGGCCUCGGUCGCGGAGGCCGUCGCUGACCUGAACCUCGUCACAUCCAAAGAAGAGCAGCUGGAGUAUCUGCGGUGGAAGAAGGAGCGCGAGGAGAUCGACCGCGAGCGAGUGGCCCGACACAAGAACGCCAAAGGCCAGUGGAGGAGAGCCUGGGACAUGGAGAAGACCGAUCUGAUGUUCUCUGAAAAGGAACACGGAGGAACAUCAAACAGAGGAGGUCGAAACGCCAGACGAGGAAACAUGAGAGCGGACGAAUCCAGAGGUCGGCAGCAGGCGUCAGACAGGAAGGGGAAGUGUGUUUCGGUGGUGGGCAGUAAAGCGAAGGGCAAAGACCGUCUGACGGGUCGAGCGAGGAGGUGGGAUGCUAAAGAGCAGGAAGAGCACUUGCAGGUGUAUCCAGAGAGCAGUUUGCAGGAGUUUUUAGAGGAGCUCGAUGCUCUUUGCGCUCCUGAAGUGGAGAACGUCAAUCCAGAGACGGGCGUUGAGAGCACAAAGCCACGCGGAUCAGAAGACGCGGUCGUGACCCCUGACGGUACGGCGGAGCACAACGGAUGCGUUUCUACAGAAACCGCUCUCAAGGCCACCGAGAAAAAGGUCCGAUUUUCUGAAAACCACGGCACAGAAACGCCUUCGGAGGUCAAGAACGGCCUUGUAGGAGACACGCGAACACUGGAGCGAGACGACAGCGAAUGUAUCCCAGAGGAGACUAAGACGAACGAGAAGCAACCGAGCAAGAGCUGCUCGAACAGGGGGAACGAAGAGCUGAUGGACUCGAGUCUGUCUGUCCUGAAUCUGGAGCCAGGCCAAUCUCUUCCCGACCGCAGCAGCAGCUCUGAUAAGGCCAGAGAGAACGGGAAAGUGGUUUAGAUGGCAAAUGAUGUCACUCGCGUCCGGAGCGAAACAUCAUGCACUAAAACCAAAACAAACUGUAGGAAAAGACGAGCCGCUAAUGUUUCCGACCGGCCCGGGGCCCGUCUGAGUCACCGCCCGCGUGUGGAGCGUCGUCUUGUUUCCCGGACGCUGAAAACGCUGGUUGUGAUUGUUCUGCUUGGUUUCUCUUCUCGUAGGCGGGAGAUUGCUAACGCUUCGACGCACAGCUAACCUUCGUCUGAGCCACCGAACCCAAAGCUCCGCUGGUUUCUGACGGAUCUUUGGUGGUUUGGUGGGGUUUCGGUCUAAAAGCACUACAAACGACUUGAAUGUGUAACUUAGUGGAACAAACCCACAGACACAGUGUGCAUUUAGACUUAACCGGCGCACUAACCGACUAAUCUAGUUCUCUUCAUCAUAACUCGUAUAUAUAUCUAUCUAUCUGACGGAGGCCUCUCGGUUGCCAUGUAUUCUUCAUAAGCACACGUGUCGUGGGGUUUAGUGUGGAUCGCUCGCAAGGAGUACGUUUAUUAGCACUUUAUUUUGUAUGAAUGAACUGAAAAGUAUUAAACCACUUGCCGUUCGAUUCGAAACGAAGGUCUAAGUUAUUUAGUUUUUACGAAAGACUGCAGAAUGUUUGCGACUCGAGCAGGUUUUUGAAGCAGGUUCACUUUGACCUGCUAGUUCGGCACCGUUUAGUUCAUGACCCUGCUGAGGGGUCGAGGUUUUAAGUGACCGAAGGCUGAUUUUUAUAUCGUCACUUUAAUUAUUUUGUGUUCAUUUGGUUUUGAAAUGAAUGUUGAAUAUAAAUAAUAAGCAUUAAAAGCUUCUACCAGC